UGCCUAUACCGCCGGUUUUCGGGAAAUGAGCAUCUCACAAUCGUUGCUAGCUUUUACUCGGCCCGUUGGCCGAUUAAUUUGCUUUAUAAAACUUUCAUCUUGUCAUCAUUGUGUUUUCUGAUUUUUGCCAAGCCAUGAUAAAAUCUAAAGAAAUUAAGAAUGAACAACACAAUUUGGGAUAGGAACCACCAUUCCUGUAUCCCUAGAAAAUGAUGGUAAACACGGGCUCACCUGCCAAACUGGCUUAGAUUGAGAUUUUUAUUGGGUAUCAGAGAACCAUGUGAUUAUAAGUUAGACUUGAUCAAAACAGGCCAAAACUUGAAAUUCAGCAUGUUUGACCGACCCAUGCCAAACUCUAAUUAUUCUUUACUUUUAAACUUUCUAUUUGAAAAUAAAAAAUAAUGAAAGAAAAGAGAUGAUUGCAAUUCGCCAUUUUCACAUCACUGAUUCGGGAAUAAAACUAUAGAAAUUCGAAAGGAAACUGAAAAUGUUUAGGAACGUUUUAAUGUUAAAAAUAACCAAAUAGAACUUUUUGUUUAGUUUUUUACUAAUAAAUACCAAACGAUUCCCUAUAAUAUACAUUAUAAUUUAAUCAUUAUGAUAUCAAAUAAUUACAUAAUAUAUAUUUGAAAUGAUAAAAAUUGGACUAAUUGGGUUGGUCGAUGUUGAACCAUUGAAUAACUUUAAAAUACAUUAUAUUUUAGCCACUAAGAUAUAAAAUAAUAGCAUAAUAUAAAUUAUGCUAGAUAAAAUAGCUUGUUUUAGAAUGACAAACCCAUGAUGUUCAUUUGUUUUACUUGAUGGGCAAAUCCCGUGUAGGUCAGACCCAUUCAACUCUUUUAUAAUAUGAUUAGCGGUUAGCCCAUUAGAAUCCAUGCAUUAGUUUAUUGUUAAUUUUUUUUGUUUUUAGCAAUAAAAAGGAAUAUUGUUUUUGACUUUUCAUAUAUAUUUUACCACCACAGAGAAAUAAAAGGACUUAAAGAAAAAAAUUGACACUACUGGACCCGUUUAAAUCCGCAUGUGUACGGUAAGUUGGCCCGUUCCAUAGAGGAAAAAGAAAAAAAAUUGGCACUCCCUAUUCUACAUUUCUACCCUUCCUACAAACGCUCCUGGAGCAGGAAAUUUGAAAUGGGGGAAGGGUUUUUUCCUCUUUGAAAUUAUAUAUUUUUAAUUUAAAAAGAUAGAACAAAUUCUAGUAAGUGUCUUUUUAAUGAAUAAAAAAAAGAAAUUGUGAAGACCAAAAUGCCCAUCCUACUUUUACUCUGGAUGCAGGAAAUUUGAAAUGGAGCUUAAAGUUUUCUCAUUUGGCUUUUAUUUAUUGUGUAGAAAAGUCAUUACAAACAUGAUCCCUAACACAUGGAACUAGGGUUCUUCAUACCCAAGUGAGAGAAGGGUCUACUCCAUAGAGAGAGAGAGAGAGAGAGAGAGAGAGAGAGAGAGAGAGAGAGAGGGAAACAUAAUUCAAAGCAGUCAUAAAUGGUGGAAAGAAUAUGCUCUGGGAUGAUAAUCUUCACUCCAAGGACGAAAUCCAAGCAUGAUUGAUGAAACCCAACUCCAAAAUCAAUCCUAGGGUUUGUUCUUCGCACUUUCUCUCUCUAGGACUCUGUUUUUGCUCCGAAAAUUCAUCUCCCUCUUCAAAGUCCCAAAAUUGGGUUAAGAAGCAGUUGUUCGUGAUUGCACGGUCAGACCGCACGGCCGUGCAAUUUCAUAGUCUGCUCGUGCACCUUCAAAAUGCGUCGUUUCAUUUAAUUCCAACAGGGGCGGUGCACGGCCAGUGGACGACCCAUGCAAUGCGAGAGCCUGGACAUGCAAUCCUCUCGCAAAAAUCAUCACGGUCACCACUUCGUAUCGCACGACCGUGCGAAAAACAGGGUCAGGCCGUGCAGCUUCUCGGUAAAUCCUGCACGGCCACAAAGGCCACUAUGCACAACCAUUCGCUUUCCCAUCCUGGCCGUGUGACUUGUCUGAUCUCUCUUCGCUCGUCCCGAUUUUGCCAAUUCGACUCCAAACUCAUGCUCAAACUUACAUUCACGCAUUAAGAUUUGAAAUGUCAUAAGCAAGAACAACCUAGCGUAAAAUCAGCUUAAAACCCGAGAUCUGAACCUCAAAAAGUAUAAGAAUGGCGGACAAAACAUGUGUAAAUAUCGAUUCAUCAAAUUCCCGCAACAAGCAAACCUGACUCAAACCAAUGCAGCUCUCCAGACCUUUACAGUAACAAGAAACCCCAAGGUUGAAAUUUGUCUUAAGAGGGGAGGGAAUGGGAUACCUAAACUUCGAUUUAAGGUCCAAAAACAAGUACUGAAUGAGCUGGACCAAUAAAUUAACUCGAAAUUUUGUCCCAUCACGGCCUCGACCUAGACUGGGGAAUUAAAAAGGACAAGUAGCCACUCAAAGAUACUCGAUGCUAACGAGAUUGGUGAUAAUACCUUUUAUGGUCCAGAGGAAAUAUAAGAAGUGAGAUAGACUAUACGGGACAAGCAACGGGCAUCAUUGAAAUUCAUAUAGCAAGAGUGAAUUAUUGAGCCAAGGAAGCACGAGAAUGAGGAUAUGGAAGGAUGAUUCCGAGCAAAUUUCGGGAACGAAAUUUUUUAUAAGGGUGGAGGAAAUGUAACGCCCGGAUAUUUGAGUCUAGGUUCAACCGAUUGGUUAGAUUGACGAUUACGUACAAAGGAUUGCAACCAUUAAUUAGAAAUAAUAAUAAUAAUCAUCACGAAGGAUUACGUACGAAGGCGAUGGUUGAGAAGCAGGGUGGUUAAUUGGAUAAGGGCCAUCCUUUGUUCAUGGAGUCAAUAUUUGGACGGUUAGACAACUGCGGUAAUACGUUCUACCUAAGAUACAAUCUCAUAUGGGUGAUCCCUUGAUUAUAUUUAGCUAGGGGGAAUCACAAUGUGCUAAAUACCACUUAGAUGCUAAGAGAUUUUGUGGAGCAAUUAGAUGGGUACAAUGUUAUACGUGAAGAGGGAUUAACAUAGGUGGGGUUUAAGAAUCAAGGAUGAGCCACGUAAGUAAAUGGAUGGUUUCCCAUUACAAAUACUAAAGAGAAGUGGGCAUGGAAAUGCAUAGGUAUAAGACACGUAGGUUAUAUGAAGAAAGGCAUUGGAAAUUGAGUAGUAGCUUAAUGGGUAAGCAAUCCAAUCUCCUGGUAGUGAUUGUUAUCUAGUUUGAUAAAUCAUGUAUCGAGGUGAUGGAGUUACCAUGGAUGAUGGGAGCAAGAGGCUUAUGAUGGCAGAUCGAGAUACCAGGCUAGAUGGCUCAGAGGUUAAUUGUGUUGUUCAAAGUGAGUGUAAAGGGACCCCCAGUCGUAGGUCUUUAAUUUAUGUUUUUAUUUUUAGUAAUGUUGGCUAAUUUUAUAUGUAUGCGCGAUUAUGUGUGGAGGCAUCCCACCGCCUACUGAAGGUGGAGGCACACGUUGUGCUAUGUAUGUGAAUGUGUGUGGUUAUUGGUAUGAUGAACCCCCGGGCAGUUGGGCCACUACUGGACGCGGUAGAUGGUCGGGUCACUACUGGACGGCGACACGUAACGCAGUAGUUGGCCGGGCAUGGACUGGACGGCGAUACGUAACGCAGUACCAUUGCCUUGAGGAUAGGGACACUAGACAGCCAUACGUAACGCGGUGAUUCCCUAGUAAUAAGUAUAUAAGUUAAGGUAGUAGUAGAGAACUUCUAUGAUUUAAGGAUAAAAGUUGAGAACCUCUAUGCGUUAAAGUUGAAAUGAGUUAUUAAGGAUGAAAGUGAGAACGACUUUCAUCUAAGGAAAGGAUACGCUAAUAACGUGUUUUAGUAAGAAUGUUGCUUAGGGCAAGACCUUAGGAAGUAACGACGAGACUGACCCCUUCCCACUCACCAGGUUAAGGAGGGGUUAGUGGAAGCGGAUCCUGAGAAGAGGGAGGGCGAGACAAGUUGCCGCACCAGCAUGGACGAGACCUCAGGGAAAACAGCAAGGAGUUAGAGCUAGAUUUAGUUUAAUUAUUUUGUUCAUGAUUAUGAGUUUAUGUACUGGACAUUCAAGGUUCAAGAUUCUGUGUUAAGUUGUUUGAAGUGUUUGAGAUUGAGAUUUUGCCCAAGUGUUAGGGAUUUUCGUUUGAAAUUCUUAAAUAAUGUCAUUUGUUUAUUUUAAAAAGUGGUUCGGGUUGCUCUGGAGUAACCGGUUUCGAUUUGAGUUAUGGUUUGGUUUUCGAAAAAAGAUCGGGUUGUUACACAUCUUAGCUUCAACUUGUAGGCCUAUGAUAACGUCGUAUUUGCACAUAUUUGCACCCUCGUUUCUUCAUCAUUUUGGCUAGAGUUUUUAAUUUCUUGGACUAUUUUACGCUAGGUUGUGUUCCUUUGUCACAUUUCAGAUCCUAGCAUGUAAAUUGGAGCAAAUUGGAGCAAAGGCGCAAGUUUCAAGUCAAUCGGAAUUCAUUUGGCAAUUCGGGAGAAGAAACACGAGCAUGACCUGAGGAAGAAUGGAUUUAUACCUCAUAUUAUGGACAAAUAAUCAUAGAAUCUUGUCAUGAAAAGAAAGAGGACGAGACUACGAGCGUCUGGGUUCAAACGACGACUAAUUCGGAGUCCGGACGAGGGAGAAACGAAGCAUUAAACAGGAGCGGAGGAAAAAUUACGGGCAGCCCCUGCCCAAUUACGGGCGUAAUUGCUUCUGUCAUGCCCGUAAAUGCAAUGCCGAGCCUAAAUCCCUGAGAAUUCCUGUCGCAGAGCAAAUUACGGGCAAGAGUGGACUCAUUUACGGUCGUAAUUACUUAAAUACUGGCAGUAAUUGGGUAAUUACGACCGUAAUUACCUUCCUCAGAGUUUAGUGAAACGCGCGUUUUGGGUGAAUUACGGGCAGACCAUGAUUACGACCGUAAUUCAGCCCGUAUUUCACCCAGAAUCGGGUUUUUGAGGCAGAUUCGAGCCAAAGGAGAGGGAGUCGACUUUUUGGAGCAAAAACAAAGUUUUAGAGAGAGAAAGUGCGAAGAACAAACCCUAGGAGCUAUUUGGAGUGGAUUUCUCACCAUUGAAGCCCAGAUUGCAUCCCCAGGAGUGAAGAUCAUCAUCCCAUAGCAGAUUAUCCUCAUCUUUAUGAGUAUGACUACUCUGAUUUCUGUUUUCUUCUCUAUGGAGUAGAACUUUCUCUCACUUGGGUAUGAAGAACCCUAGUUCCAUGUGUUAGGAAUCUUGAUUGUAAUUACGUUUAGAUUGUGAUAUUGCUUGAUAUAAUCGAUUGAAGUGUUUUGAUUGAGUCAAUUGAAGUCUAAUAAUCUUUUAUUGAUUUC